AUGGUGUUUCUGGGAUACCACAGCAACCUUGACGAGGACUCAACCAUCUCUCCAACGGGGGCACAAAGUCUCAGCUACUCUCGAUCGUGUCUUUUCCUUCCCCCCACCCCCCGCUACCCCAACUCCCUGCGCAGCCCAAACCCACCACAGCCCUGCUCCUUACAGCAUCCACCAGGAGCCACGGGAGAGCAUCUUAAAGCUCAGACGCUCUCUAGAAUAAAACUCCAAACAAUAUUUGCAAUUGAGAUUCUCCCCCCACCCCCCUGCUCCCCCAAGAGGAUCAAUUCUGCCUUGGAAAACGCCUCAAGAAAUAGCGGUGGCGAGGUUCCGACAGCCUCCGGAGGAGCCUCCGGGAGCCGAACCAACGGGGCUCGGCCAUCCUCCGCGGCUCGGGAAAACAAUCACUGCCUCGUUAUUAGGAAUUCACGCGGCGGGCGCAAGCCCGCUCCCCGAAGACAGCGGUCUCAGCUCAGGGGUGCCUUUGCCGCCGCGGGCGAGGCGGAGCGGCACGGCUCCGUGCGGGAGAGAGAAGAGACAGCUCCGCGGGGCCGAGCCGAGCCGGACCGAGCCGGGCCGGGCCGGGAGGGGGCUGGGGCGGUGCGGCCGCGGCUCUGCCAGGAAGAGCGAUGGCGCCACCUAGCGGCCUCGCUGUGGGGCCGCGCCUCUCCGAGGGGGCUGGGGCGCAGUGCGGGGGGAGCCCGGGAAGGGGCGGGGGGCUGCGGGAGCCGCGCUGCCGGCUUCUCUCGGUUGCCGGUCUCAAUGAGCGCGGGAUGUGCGCGGGGCUGCGGUGCUCUGCGUUGUGGGGAGCAUACAGAGGGGACGGGGGAUGUGGGCGGGCGGAGUGUGCGGAGCCAAUCAGUCUCACCUCCAUCUGGCCAGUCAGCCUCACCUCUGUCCCUGGAAAGGUGAGAGAACAACUUGUUCUGGAUAUACUUUCCAAGCAA